CUUGUUUCAUCCGCAGUUCCCUCCCGGGGCUUGCCUUGUAUAUGAAUCUGACCGAUUUCUCUUUUUUCUCGGGUAUGUGCACCAUGACAGCCGAUUCUCUCCACUCGCCUAGCCAAGAGGCCAGCCCGGGCUCCCCCAACCUCCAUGGGGCUUCCCCGACGGGCUGCAAGGUGGAGCCGCCGUUGAUCAAAGCCGAGCCCAGGGGCAGUCCGGCAGAAGCAGGAGGAGAGCCGCUGGCUGAGGAGCAACUGCCUUGCUCCGGUGUAGGCGGCGGAGGAGGAGGAGGCGGCGGCCGUCGGAGGAAGCGGCCGGUGCAGCGGGGCAAGCCCCCGUACUCGUACAUCGCGCUGAUUGCCAUGGCCAUCGCCAACGCGCCGGAGCGCAGGCUGACGCUGGGGGGCAUCUACAAGUUCAUCACGGAGCGCUUCCCCUUCUACCGCGAAAACCCCAAGAAGUGGCAGAACUCCAUCCGCCACAACCUGACCCUCAACGACUGCUUCGUCAAAAUCCCCCGUGAGCCAGGCCACCCGGGCAAGGGCAACUACUGGACCCUGGACCCCGCCGCCGAGGACAUGUUCGACAACGGCUCCUUCCUGCGCCGCAGAAAGCGCUUCAAGCGCACCGACCUCACCACCUAUCCUGGCUACGUGCACAGCGCCAGCGCCUUCACCCCCAACCCGAGCCAGGUAGCCCGGGCGGGCCCUUGCAACGGCUCCGGAGGGGUAGCUUAUCCGAGCGGCAGCGGUCCCCUAUACUCGCCCAGCGGCACCUACGGAGCGCAACUGCACGGCCUGCCCCAGUACCCGGGGGCGCCCCCUGCGCUACAGCCACGCAUGUUCAGUAUCGACAGCCUGAUCAGCUCGCAGCAGCAGCAGCAGCAAGCGGUUGCUCUUCAGGCCUCCCCGGUGGGGCCAGAGUUGGCCCAUCAUGCCUUGGGCCUCAAUAGUGGCAGCUGUCCCGUGGGCAAUCCCGAGGCCUGCUUCCAGACCCAGCAAAUCAGUCCCAGCCUGUCGGGCCGUCAACCCCCUGCCUUGGCCUACCCGUACUCGGCUUCCCCACCAGGCCAUCUGGAGGUGCCUCAAGGCCCCUAUUCCUCUCCGAACCCGCAGCUCUAUGGAGCUCCCAACAGGUUGGCCCUGCAGCCUGGCCGACCUCCCUCUUCCUGCGCCGACCACGCGGAGCAACUGCUGGGCCUCACAGCCUCCCAGCUCAACGGGCUCGGGCAGUUUGGAGCCGCCAAUAAUUCUUACAUGAGGCAGCCCAACUUUCCCUCUGGCCUGGAAAGAUACUUGUGAAGGAGUGGAG